UCCCCAUUCUCCAAUUCUUUGAUCUUGUCAUCAUCGCCAACCAAUAUUUUCGAUUCUCCCAAAUAUUGCGCUUUCGAGGCCAAUACCUUUUUUCUCUCAGGUCCUUUAUCAAACAAUCCAGCUUUAUUUUAUAACCAUCGACAAUGGGUUGGUUUUGGGCAGAUGCAGCUCCCGCUAUUGCGGUUCCUGCUGGUCAUCCAGCAACUACCAACAAGGCUCCUCCACCUGGUUGCCCUAUGCACCAAAAGUCGGCCGAUGCCUUGAAUCCCGCUGCUAAACCGAAGCCCGCCUCAAUCCCCCCGCCUACGUCAGGAUGUCCUGUUCCUCACGGUGCCCGAAACGAGGAGCAGCCCAAGUCUCUGAUCUCUCAGCUCAACCCUCUCAACUACAUGUUCCCCGAUCUUUCCCAGAAGCCUGCGCCUAACCAGGAAUUCGCCUUGCCGACUAGCCGAGAUGCGUCAACCAUCCCCAAGGGCUCUGGCGAUGGCAACUGGGAGUACCCUUCUCCUCAGCAGAUGUACAAUGCGCUGCUGCGCAAGGGUUAUACUGAUACCGAUAUCACUGCCGUCGAGGGCAUGGUUUCGGUGCACAACUUCCUCAAUGAGGGCGCAUGGCAGGAAAUUCUUGGUUGGGAGCAAAGAUUUGCGCGGGGUCUCUACAAGGGCUGGCAAAUCUGCAAGAGAGGCGAGGGUCAUGUUGAAGAGGAGCUGAACAAGCACUGGGAUGGCGUCGACACUGAGCCUAGCCUUGUCCGCUUCCAGGGCCGACCUAAGGAGCUCACUCCCAAGGCUCAUAUGAUGCAGGUCUUGGGCUGGAUUUAUCCCUCCAAGUUUGGUACCGAGCCCCCUUUCGACCGACACGACUGGUACGUUGCACGAGAGAUCAACGGGCAGAGGAAGGAGAUUCGAUAUAUCAUCGACUAUUACUCUGGCGAGCCUGAGGCUGACGGCGAGCCUGUUUUCUUCCUCGACGUGCGUCCCGCUGCUACUCCUUUGGGCUCGGCCGAGCGCAUUAUUCGCUGGAGCACCGAUACCUGGUGGAAGGCCAUUGGCGGUGACAGACACGAGCAGGACCCUCAGCCUUGGUUCCGGGGCUCUUCGUAAAAUCAUUUCUUUGGCGCUUGGGUCACGAUGAAUGCCGGUGUUUCUAGGGAUGUUUCUAGCGUAUUUCAUUCUCCUCUCUAAUUGUUGUGAUGGGAUGUAUUUUUAUAACGAUGGCUAUGUGGGUGUCACUUGUACAAACAUUGGGUUGGAUGAAAAAUUAGGACCAUUUGUAUUAUUAUACUGCGUGUGUUGGCACUCAGUUCAAGUUGAUAGCCAAUUCGUUCACUUGGUCAAGGAGAGACUUGUCUUCUCCGGCUGCAUUCUUAAGCACCUUUUCGAGCUGAUGAUCGACGGUCAUGCCAGGAAUGUUGGACACAGCACCCUGUGCCUGCUGAAUUCGAGCAAUCUGGAAUUGCAGGAAGAACUUGGGCACCUUGAUGGCAAGGUUUCCUCCAGCUGCUCUGAUACCCGCCUCGGUAGCAAGGUAAACAUUCAACUCGUUCUGAAACUUGUUGACAUCGUUGUUCGCCAGGGGUGAUGAAGUCGCGAAUUUGUCGAGGGCAAAGGUCAGAGGGGAUUGACCUGAUUCGGCAAAGUUGACGGAGGAAAAGGAUAUGCCGUUGGAGAUCACGUCAGGGACGCCGUCGAUGGUUGUUCGCGAAGUGUCGCAGGUGACAGCAGAGGCCAGACCUGCGGCCCCGGACGAGACCUCUUCAGGCAGGGCUUCGGAGCCAACGAUAAAGCAGGGGUUCUGUCUCUUGGCCAAGUGAGGCGCUAAGUCAACAAGUUAGUAUCGUGAUGGUAGUUUUGGUCG